AUGAAGCUCUCCAUCCUCCUUACGCUUCUCCCCCUCGCCCUCGCCCACGGCGGUGGCCACGGCGGCCGCCCCCGCGACUGCCCCACCAAGACUGUCGAGGUCUGCGCUGAAGAGACCAAGGCCAAGUGGGGCAAGCCCAUCUUCGUCACCACUACCGUGGCCGACACCCAGUGCACUGCCACCACCGUCACUGAAGUUGUGUGUAUUCUCCCCUAG